UCUCACCGGUGGGAAAGCCCUGCCUUCACAGACAGGAGCCCGCGCCCUCUUCUUCCUCUUUCAGCUCCGUGCCUGUAGUGGCGGUGGCUCCCGGAGGAUCCCACACCGCCGAGCGAAGCGCUCAGCCCCGGCCCCGGAGCUCAGUGGUGCCGGUGGAAGGCUGCACUCACACACACACAUACACCGGGGGGGUCAGGGUGGGAGAUCCGACCACGAUCCGAGGAAUGUGACGCACGGACGCAGGCGACGGAGCGACAGAGACGCGCACCGGCAGGUUUCACUGGAGAAGACGACACCGAGCUUCUCAAGACACAAACACAAAGAGGAGACGAGUUCUGCAGCGAAGUUACAGGAGGUUUAAAUUCCUCUCCUCAUCUGAAUCCUCCCCUUGGGUCCAUUUUCCACCAUGGCACACCGAUCUCAGAGUUCAUCCAUAGGCGAAAACCCCCAUGAUCCGAACUACUUGCCCCCCCACUACCGUGAGGAGUACCGUCUAGCUAUCGAUGCCCUGAUAGAAAACGAUACACAGGGGUACUAUGAGUUCCUCCAGACCGCAGAUGUGGUCAGUUUCCUGGCACAGCCAGAAAUCGAAUUCAUCAAGUCCACAAUCCAGGUGCCCAGUCAGAGCUCCAGCUUACCAGAGCUGACGUACCACGAGGGAGCUCUUGAUGACGAUGGCUCUUCCGACACCUACUGGCCCAUGCAGUCUGACCUGCCUGCCCCAGGGCUGGACCUGGGCUGGCCUCAGCACAGCUUCAUUGGGCCCACAGAGGUCACGACUCUGGUCAACCCCUCCGACCCAGACAUGCCAAGCAUCAAGGAGCAGGCCAGGAGGCUCAUCAAGAAUGCACGUCAGGUUAUUGCCUUGGUGAUGGACAUGUUUACAGACGUUGACAUUUUUGCUGACCUCUUGGAUGCAGCAGCUCGCCACAUUCCUGUUUACAUUCUACUGGAUGAGCAGGAAGCCCAUCACUUUGCGUCUAUGGUUAUCAGCUGCAAAGUCAACUUGGACUUAAUACCUAUGAUGCGUGUCAGGACUGUGGCAGGAACCACCUAUUACUCCCGGACGGGGAAAUCAUUUAAGGGACAAGUGAAAGAUCGCUUCCUGUUGGCAGACUGCAACGCUGUACUCAGUGGGAACUACAGUUUCAUGUGGUCCUAUGAGAAGAUCCACCGCUGCAUUGCCCACCUCUUCCUUGGGGAGCUGGUCGCCACCUUUGAUGAAGAGUUCCGCAUCCUCUUUGCUCAGUCAGAACCUCUAGUCAUUGACCCGUCAAAUGGAGCACUUACUCACUCUGACACCAGCAGUUACCUUAGCAGCCAGUUUGGUUUAAAGAGGACCCAGUCUUUGCGUAACCCAAUAACUUACCGUAGGCAGGCUGAGCUUCCUUCUGCCUUCCCCUACGGAGAUUCUGAUCGGAACCUUGCACUUCCCUUCCGGAGGAAUGACCCAUUUCGUCAUACCCUUGAACCUGGUGCAGGAAUUACAAUUGGAAAGUAUUCUCAGCAACAGUUUCGUAUGCAGCAGUCCUUCCUGGAGCAGGGAAGAUCCAUAGUGUCCAGGCAGAUGGAGAUGAGUGCCACUGGCUUCAAGAGGCACAGCUAUGCAGAGGGAACCCAGGAAAGCUACUCAUCUUCAAGGCAAUACAUGAAGCACAGGGUCAUGAAUAAUCUGGAUGAAACAGACUUUCACAGGGAGCAUUCCCAAAGUAGCCAUUUCUACAGUGAAGGGCCUGGGCCAGGUUCUGGCCAUGGACACUACGACAGACUCAGAGGGCGUCCUUCACACCUCUCCAUUGACCAGUAUUCAGAAUCAAGCUUUCGCUCAGAUCAGGAGCCUCCACCGGGACAUUAUGGCCAAGACUACUUUUCAUCUGAGGACUUGAUAGCAUCUGAAGGUCACCAGGCGCCUCCUUUAGCUGGAAGAUAUGGAGGAGGAUCUGCCCAUAAGAGGCCAACAAUUGGUCAGGCUUAUGCCUGCCAGAGCUCACCUACACAGCCCCACCCACCAGAAAAGAAACAGUUUUUCAAACAAUCUGAUCAAGAGCAGGAUCAAGAUCCAAGUGUUAAGCAAGGCCUAAGGAGUUGGAGAAUCCACUCCUAUUUUAGCACAUGUGAGGACGGAGGAGAAGAAGGCCUGCAUCAACCACUGGGGCCUGAUGCAUUUGAAGAUCAGCAGCCCAUUGCUGCUGCUGAAAAUUCAGGUUCUCGCUUUGGAAUAAAGGAGCCACCUACAGUUCCUUCAAAGCCAAGACCAGACGUCCUGAAACCACGCUUUGGAAAGCCCAAAUUAACUGAGGGCAGCAAUAAAGAAUCUCCCCCAACAACAACUAAUGAUCUGAUUCCCUCAGUCAGUGACUUGAAGCCAUAUGCCCUGGAAGUGGGGAGAGAUCCAGAGAGGGCAAAGGAAGUGGGUGUGGAUGAUGAGGGGAAAAAGUCUACAGAUCUCUUUGUGUCCAAACAUGAAUCGUUUCGUUCACGUGUUAAUCCACUCCUACAACGUAGCUCUCGUCUCCGUUCUUCGCUAAUAUUCUCAUCUUCCAAAGCAGAGAUGCACAGUGGUAGCCUGGGAUUAAAACCAGCCACAGAGCAAGAUGAGGAGUUAGACAAAGUGCGCACCUCUUCGAUUGUGGCCCAGAUACUUGAAAAGAGAAGGUCACUGUCUCGUGAGCCUUUUGAAUGGAGAAAGAAGGUUGAGGAAAAAGAUCAGGAGAAGGAGAAAGAGAAAGAAAAGGAGAAGGAGGAAAAGGAGAAGAAAGAGCAACUGGAAAAGGAAAAGGAGAUUCGAUUGAAAGAUGAGAUUAAAGCAAAAGAGGAACCUCAGAAAACUAACAAGGAUGAUAAAAGAUCUGAAGUCACAACAUCAUCAUCAUCUCUGAACGUUAAUGACCCGGCUAGUCGACUACAGUAUUUCAAAGACUUGGCUGCCAAAAGAAAAGCUCCAAAGAUGGAGACAGAGUCCGCACUAAAAGCCCCAGAGCCUGCUGAAAAAAAGCCAGACCUUUCUGAAAAACCUCCGAUAAAAACUACAACUACGAAAAUCUCAACUGUCUCUGUUGGCUCAGCAGAACCUGAACCAAAGAAGCCAGACAUCUCCUCAAAACUGGCAGAGCUGACUCGCAGACCCUCAGUUAGUUCCUCUAAACCUUCUAUAAUCUGUCCCAAGCCUUAUGUCAGCCCGAAGGCUCCAGAGACAUCUCAAACCCAGAAAGAGGAGACUGCCUCAGAGGGUCAGAAGAAGGAUAUAUUCAAGUCUCUAAAGCCUCUUCCUUCACCAAAGCUCUUCAGAAGGGAUCAGCUGAAAUUCAAAGGACUGAACCCUCGUCGCGUCUCCUGUGGUGAGGAGGUUGUGACCACAGAUGCCACAGAUGCAGAGAAGAGUGAACUCAAAAAGAUCCGCUCUCAUAGUUCUUCAACUCUAACACCUGGUGAUGGUAAGGAAGGUCUCCAAAAAGUUACGGGAUCCAAUACAUCCAUCAAUACACUUGGUGAGGGAAAAGGUGAGGGUAAGACACUCGACUUCCUAAAGAAGCAGACACAGAGGCUAAAGGGUUUCCUUGGACCAAAGGAAAAAGAAAAGAAAUCUUCAGGAGAUGAUAAGGGCAUGAGCAUGGUUAAAGAGGUCACUGAAGAUUCAAGCACAAAGCAGAGUUCAUCAGCUUAUGACACAGCAUCUACCACUACCAACCAAACUACAGCAAAUCACAAGACAUCAACAGGGACGUCAGGCUUGUCCCGACACCAGGCCCCAGGCAGCUCUGUUUUGUUCAAUAGCAACCUACGAGAUGACACCAAAGUCAUUCUGGAGCAGAUCUCGGCCAACAGCCAGAAAAACCGUCAAGAGCGGGAAGAAGCGGAAGCAGUCAAAGAUACAGUGGAGAAGGCGCUGGAGAGACAGAACUCCAUAAAAAAGAAUCGAUUUCUGCGACCGCCGGGUAACAUCCAGGAGCGGGAGGGAUUGCUGAAGAGGAUAGAGAGUCUGAGGAAGGAGAAGAAGGUCUACAGCCGCUUUGAGAUGGGGAAUAGCCUGGGUUAACGAAAGAUGGAGGAGCGGCCUUUUAAAUGGAAACUUUUUAUGCAAGAUGAUGGAAAAAAGACCCAUUGUCCAGCGACACUAUCAAAGUACCUCUUCGGCUCAACACUGCAGCCUUUCCUGGAUUUUCACACUGAGUAAUAAAACUUGAAAAGACUACACGUAUGUAUAAAAAUGCUGAAAACAAAUUAAAGUCACUGAGUUUGGAAUGUGCCCAUUUGCCAAGACUUGGUACUACUUUAACCUUAUAUGGUGAGAGAAAGAUGAGCCCCUCUACUUUCAUACCGGCUGCAUGGGCUGAUGCUGCAUCUACCAGAAAAAGGUUGGGCAUUUUACCUGUAAAUGAGCUUGUAUGAACCUGACAGAGAGUUAGCGGGUGAGAGAAAGAUAGUACAUUUUGUACCCUGGAAAAGAAAAUAGAUACACGUCAGUCAAAAAACAUCAGUAAAACACUGCCCAUGUGUGGUACCAGUGUUGUGUGUUUCUGUAUGUGUAAGUAUAGCUGGGACUUGUUUGAACCUGAAUGUGAGAGAGUGGAUUCCCCAUGUGCCAAUAACCUACCGGGGGUAUUACCAAGACUUGUGAGACUAUUAUUAAUCCAGCCGAGAAAGUAAAGAUGAGGAUAUGAAGAAAAGAGGGUGAUGAAGGGUGAACAUUUAAGGGCAAGUAUGUGAAAUUAUAAGGAGUGUGAGACCAAAUCAGGAAUUGAGAAAAUGUGUUUUCUAAUGUGUAAAUCUAAUGCAGAGGCAGCAGCAGCAGUAGUAGUUUUGAUUGUAAGGCUCUAAUGAACUUUAUCCUUUUGAGAGUGUUAUGCACCUUUCUAUUAAGGAGUGGACCCACUUCUCAGGGUCCAAAGUGUCAAGAAACCAUUUAGAGAGGGAGGCUCAAAGCUUUCAUCAAGGGAGGGGGGUUAAAAUAAUGUCUGUCUUAUACAAUGUAAAUACAAAUAUUGAGUACUUAUCUUUGACAUGAAUCUGUGUAAAAAAUAGACAAUUUUUACAUUCUUCAAUACUGUGCCCCUGUUUAUCUUUCUUUCAUGGACAAGUUAGUCAUUAUCUCUUAGGCAAGGAAGAAUAAAAGACCAGGUACAUUUUGCGUACUGGAGCAGGGCCAUGCCUCCUUAUGUAAGACAUUCAGCUUCUGAGAACAACGCCCUGCACAGGACUUUUAACUUCUUUGUUGGUCACACUGUUGAAUCAAAGAUUUAGUUUUACUAAAGUGCAGCUCCCGGCUCAUCAACCAUUUAACGUUUGGCGUGUUUCUCUUCUCUAAAAUCAAAAGUUAGGAGGAUCUUUUUCUAUACUAACACUUCAGGGGUUACAAUCUUUUAUAUGCAGGAUUAUAUUGUACAUGCAGUAUUUAUAUAAAGAGAGCUUGUUGAUAUUAUACAUAACAAACCUGAUUAAGAUCACCUUUGCUGUACUAUCAAUGUGCCUUAUGUCAGUUUUUAACUGUAAGCAUGUGGUCUUGGCUGUAAAAAGUAAUUAAUUAAGGGAAAACAAUUGUACAGGGUAAAUGUGUUCUUUUUUUUAAAACCUCAGAUAGUAUUACAUUGUAUUUGAAAUACUGCAAAAAGUGUUUUAUUAAAUCUCAUUAAAUCUGUCUAAACUGAAA